UCCGGGAAAAGCAAAAACAAGUGCAAAAAUGUAUUCCCUAAGCUCGCAGAAAAAAUAUUGGACGUUCAAAACAGAACAGGAACUGGCCGAGCUACGUGUGAAACAAAACGUGCAAUUUAUUACCAAGCAUGGUGCCGGCAUGACGGAAGAGCAAAAACAGGCCCACUUUCUUUCGGCUGACGAGGAGCGAUUAUUGCUGAAGCAGUAUGAGUUACAGUUGAAAGAGUUUUGCAAACGGUUCGAGCCUCCGAUGCCGAAGUACGUCGUGGGGACGGCGUUUCACUACUUUAAGCGCUUUUAUCUAAACAACUCGUCGAUGGACUAUCAUCCGAAGGAAAUUUUGGCAACAUGCGUUUAUUUGGCUUGCAAGGUGGAAGAAUUCAACGUGUCAAUUGCUCAGUUUGUGGCCAAUAUAAAGGGAGAUCGAAGCAAAGCAAUGGAUAUCAUUCUGUCGAACGAGUUGCUGCUGAUGCAGGAGCUCAAUUACUACCUAACGAUACACAAUCCGAUGAGGCCAAUCGAAGGAUUUCUUAUAGACAUAAAAACACGAUGCAAUAUGAGCAAUCCGGACCGUUUGCGACCGGGCAUCGAAGAUUUCAUAGAUAAAACAUUCCUUACCGAUGCACCACUCAUGUAUGCACCAUCCCAGAUUGCCCUAGCGGCCGUCCUGCAUGCCGCUAGCAAAGAGCAGGAAAAUUUAGAUAGUUACGUUACGGAAUCGUUGUUUGGUUCAGCGAAAGAUAAGCUUCCCGUGCUGAUUGAAGCCGUGAGAAGGGUUCGCUCUAUGGUGCGUACGAUCGAACUACCACCCAAAGAUCGCGUACGAUUUCUGGAGAAAAAGUUAGAAAAGUGUCGCAAUCAGGAGAAUAAUCCCGACAGUCAGAUCUACAAACAACGCAUGAAAAAAAUGUACGAAGAUGAGGACGAUCUCGAUGUGAUGGGCUCUUCGUAUCAUAUGAACGUUUCGGAUGCUAGCCUGGAUGUGUCGCAGUUGAAUACCACCAACCCUGCCAACAUGACCAUUGAUUAAAGGGGGCAGCAAAUGUUUUGGGAGAAAAUCAAGCAGUUUUGUU